AUGGCAGUAAAAAAAGUGGGAAAAAUAAUAAAAAAGAGAACUAAAAAAUUUACUCGUUUUCAGUCAAAUAGAUUUAUGCGCGUUAAGCCAGCAUGGAGAAAACCAAGAGGUAUUGAUUGUCGUGUGAGAAGAAGAUAUAAAGGAACAAACUUAAUGCCAAGUAUUGGAUAUGGUAGUAAUAAAAAAACAAGAUUUUUAUUACCAAAUAAUAAAUAUAAAUAUAUAGUAAGAAAUGUUAAAGAAAUGGAACCAUUAAUUAUGAACAAUACAAAAUAUUGUGUGCAAAUUGCUCAUAACGUUUCAAGUAAGAAAAGAAAAGAAAUAAUUGAAAGAGCAAAACAAAUUAAUGUUUCAGUUAUUAAUGCAAAAGCAAGAUUACAAAAAACAGAAGAAUAA